AUGACACAGAACUACCGCAUAAAGCAGCUGGAAGAGCGCGUAGACUUCCUGCAGUCCCUUAUCCUGCAGCAAGCCGGCCAGGGUCCACGUGCAAGCGUUAAGCUGGCGAACCAAGCAACCAAGGAAGGUGUGUGGUACGUUUUUGUCAAGAACCUUCCAGACGGCCUCACCUGGAGGGAGGUGCAGGAUGAGGUAUUCUCUCUGUACAAGAAGUCCAUUACUAGGGUAACAAAGAUCCAGGAAACCGAAUGGGCCCUCCGCUUCAAGUCGAGGGAGGAUGCGCAGAACUGUGCCAAUAAGUACAAGAACGCCAAGGUGAAUGAUCACGUCAUCAAGUGCUUCGUGAAGCUUGUCCAGGAUGAAAAAGAGCUGAAGGUCGGUUCGGGAUUGUCGACGACGUUUAAGAAAAGAAGAAGAAUUUUUAAGAAUAACCGCAACAAGGAAAAGUCAGGGAGCUCUGAAACCGUCAAGAAGUACUAG